AUGGCUGCUUCACAACCGACCGCUCCGCUACCACUCAUCGUCGCAACGUUCCGUGAUGAAUCGGUAGCGAUACCUCGCUGCGAGCGCCUCUUCGGCCGCCAGGAAGAGACCAUCGAGUCCUCCAUCGUAGAGGCUUUCCCAGCUCUGGAAGGGCAUGGCAAUAUAGUGCUCAAGGCGAAGGUGCCGGGCAUGCGAGAGCCAGCUAGGGUUCUCCCGAAGUUAUGGUCGCAGAUCUGGGAGAGUGUCACGGAGAUUGUCGUGGAGUGUUUGGAAAUCGAAGAAGAGGAGCGAAGGCUGGAUAUGCUGACGAAAGUCGCUACCUCCGUGAUCAAUGUGAUGACUCCGACGGGCGCGGAGCAUGCUCUCAAGAUCAACUUGCUCUGCGCUACUGCUCUGGACGUCAAGAAGCUCUUAGUUUCGUACACGGGUGUAGCGGUGGAAAGACAGGUCCUUCGGUUCGAAGGAUUCCAUUGGAUCCCGGACCCAGAGAACCCUUCCGCGAGGAUCCCCGCCUACAACGAGGUACCGGAGAACGACAUCUUGUUCAACUGUAAAGUCAAGGCCGGUGAGCAAUUGAGGAUGGUGCUCAAGCCGAAGCCGGUUCUUACGCAGGAUGUUGUUGUGCGGUCGGGGUGA